GUCUCGCUUCGUGAGUGAUCGGUCGCUGUGUUGAGCUUAGCGCUCACGGAACUUUGUGUAUUUGUGUUAAAAAAAUAAUGCCUUUUAUUUCGAAAGACUGGCGUUCACCCGGUGAAGCAUGGGUCAAAACCCAGGAAGGAUGGGAGAAGAAGAAAGUAUUGGAGUGUACAGCACAAAGAUAUGCCGCUAUCUCUAACUAUAGUAGCGCAGAUGAUAAUCAGCAAAAAUGGAUCACAUCCGGGGAAGAGGGAGAAAAAGGUUCAGAUGACGGUGUUGCCAGAGUUCCUCCACAUUGUCACAUCACUAUCAAAUGCACCCGAGAGAUUGCAGGCUUCAACGGGCUCUCGGAGGCGGUGCGACGAUUAGAUUUCUCCUCGGCCGUACGUGACGUACGCAGAUUUAAUUACAUUUGCGCGCUCUUAGAACUGCUGUUGGGGGGGCAGAAACUAACGAAUCUGCCCGGAGCCGCACAGAAACUCUUGCUUUCUAUGCUCGAACAGCUCGCAGAUCAAGUGGCGCAAUCUAAGCAGAAUCUGAACGCGCUCCGAGCGCUUUUAGUGGCGCUGUCGGCGCUCCGUGAAUCCGAACGGCGCGCGUGCUGGGGCCGCCCGCUGGGCUCGCGUGCGCUGUGGGGACACCACGACCACGCCAUCGCCAGGAUCUACCACAUCGCUGAUAGCAUACGCAUACAGGAGCCGGGACCGGAAAUAAUGCCGAAACUUCACGAUUUGCCUGAAGAAUGUAUCAGGGAGAUAAUGUUGAGAAUAUCGGAUCACAGGGAUUUGGAUGCUGCGUCAUCGGCGUGGACUGUAAUGUCAUCGGUGUGUUCCGAACAACGUCUCUGGCGUGAACUUGUCAAGUUCCAUUUCACGCAGCAACAGAUUGAUUCGUUGCACAAAGGAGAUGACAAAGAUACAGACUGGAAAAAAGUCUUCCAUCAACUUAGAAAACUGUAUGGGCUCAGAGAAGAAGUGCAGUACGCUGAGACUUUGUCUCUGUGCCGUCAUUGUAAGUGCCUGUUCUGGCGAUCGCUCGGCCAUCCUUGUAUAGCCGAUCAGUGUCCAGAAUACCGUGAACGCCUGAAGGAGGCGGGUGGACCGCUGCCUCCGCACCCCGUGCCUCCAGCAGCUUUCCUCAAAUUUUUCUCUCUCUAAUUUAUAAUUAUUUAUUACAAAGCCUAUUCGUAUUUAUAAGGUCAUGAGAUUUGUUGAAAUAUAAAAUUUAAAAAAAAAAUACAACAAUGGCUGCCAUCACAAUAUAGUUGAUCUAUGUCUAUAAAAAGUAAGUAAAAAAAAUAAGUUUACAAAUUUUAGAAAAAAAAAGUCCAAGCUGCUCUUACGAGAAUUACAUUCGUAGUUCGUAUAUAAUAUAGUUGGCUGCUACAAGACACAUGCAUAAAUCGUAUUAGAAUUAAUAUUAAGGUAUUUUUCUAUUUUCACGAUAGAUAUUUAUGUACGUCCUGGAUUGGUUAAUAUCUGUAUGUCAACAAGAUCUCUCUCUCAAUAUUUUCUUGUAUUCAUUAGUUUAAAGGUUAUAAAAAAAUCUGUCACAGUUUAUUAUAAAAAUAAAAAUUCAUUGUGACCUAAGUGAAUAAUAACUUAUAAUAUUUCAAGGAAAAUAAGCUAUUUAUAUGGGAAUAACUAAUGUUCUUUAUGUGUGUAAUUAGAUUUUCAAUAUUAAAAUGAAAUCGUCCAGAUAAUAAAAUAAUUAUUAUUUGUAAGAAAUUAAACUUUUGAUGACCUUUUUAAUAAUAAUAAAAACCGCUCCAGUAUUCCCUAGCUAAUCUAUAUUUAAGUAUCGAUUCGGUUUUUUUUUAAUAUGGCAAUGAUCCUUAAAAAUGGUAGCUAACAAAAAUAUAAAUAUAAUGGUAAUAUCUCUUUUUUUUAAACCAUGUUACUUUUUGAUGUUAUUUGUAUUUAAAUCUAAAGAUUUUAGAACAUUUUAUUCUAAUUAUUUAGCAUUUUAAUAAUGGUUACAUAAAAACUGAAAUGCAGACUGUCUUAUUUCCUCCACUAUACUGUUUAUUCGAUAAUUUAGGCUUGAAAGGAAAAUUGCAAACAUAUAUAACUGAUAAUAUGAAUAGCUUAUCCAAGAUACAACAUAAUUACAUAAUAUAUUGACUAAGAAACAGAAAAAAAACCUUUUUUAGUUAUAUAUUUUAGUGAUAUAAUUUGUGAACUAACUUGCCUAUAACAUUAGAUGCUUUAAGACUUUGUGAUACUUCCAAAUUUGUUAUUGGAAUUUGUCUGUUGUAAUAUUUAUACCAAUGAAUGUUAUGUUUUAUAAUGAUUACUAAAAAUUGUAUAAAAAAAAUAUUAUAAUCGUUUUUAAGUUAAUAUAGUUAAAAAGAAAACUACUUAUUAUUUUCUUGGACAAAAAUGUUGCCACUUACAAAUAUUGGCCGGGUACAAAGCAAUUUUAGCUUUACAUGAUACCAUUUUACUCAUAAAUUGAUCUAUCAAUUACGAAAAUGGUGGAUCUUAAAAGUAAAUGAUUCAAAAUUACUAUAUGUAUGUAUAAUUAUACCAAAAACCUAUUUGUGUUGUUU